ACAUGCCCAGCACUUAUCUUCCCACACAGGACUGUGUUCGCUUGUGUUUCGUAAACACACCAAGGUGUGGUUUCUUUAGUCCAAAAGCAGCCAGCUUCCGUCUAUUCUCAACACACCAUUAUCUGCGCAACAGGAGACGGGGCGGGGAGAGGCGCAAGGUCUGUCCGCUGUCCGGACAGCACAGAAGAAAGACAACGAAAAAGUUAUUAUUUUAAGAAUUUUAAACAUAGAGAGCUAUCCAAAACAAACUCAUAAGCAAUGAGUCUGUACGGAUCCCAGACAAAACUGCCCAUAAGCGGCAUGAGCAGAAGUACUUCACGACCGGAGUUGUCGAAUUACAGAAACGACGUGUUCGUCGGUGGAAACGGCUUCCAAGGGGAUUACCAAGCAGGGGACGGCGGAUUCGCCUACAGCAACACCACCAACUUCACCAGGCACUCCGUGCACGGCGGAGGUUUCGGAGGGCAGAACAUGCAAGUUAGCAUGGGUGCGGGCGGCGGUGCUAUCAGUGCAAAUGCUAUUCAGCAAAAAGCCGCAUUCUUGCAACAACAGUGUCAUGAUCAGCUGGAAAGAGCCAAAAUGAUUCUCCGGACUGGGGGUUCCAUGAAGGAUGCUGAGAGGCUUUUACUUCUUGCUGAAGAAUCCAUGGAGCAGCUGAGGAACUGUGGCCAAACCAUGAAUCAAUUGCGUAUACCAAAUGGUAUUUUCAGAAGCCUCGAACAGUUCCAGCACAUGCAUGCUACUAUCGCUCAGCAGCUUGUUGGCAGCGUGACUAUAAGACGAAAUAGAGGCAGUGGAAGCUUUGAGGGGGGGAAGUUGUUUAACGAUGCUAUGGCCUGGAUUUCCCAACAAAAGCGCAUGGUUGAGACUGCUCCAUGGGGAGAUGACUCCGCCGCCAUAGAAAAGCAAAUCUUAAGUCACAACAACUUCCACAGCUCCAUUCAAAGGAGCCUAGAAGUGGAACGUGCCAGAGAUGAACUGAGUGCAAAUGGUGAAAAGUACCACCUCUCCCUACUGGACCAAGAAUGGGAAAGCCUGAUGAAAAUGUCCCACAGCCGUCUGAAUCAGCUGCGUGACCUUCAGAACAUCAUCGAGGAGAUCUCCCAGGCCAUCAUUUGGGUGAAUGAGAGAGAGGAGGAAGAACUAAUCUUUGACUGGGGCGACAAGAACAUCGACUUUUACAUCCCCAAGAAGCAAGAGAGCUACUCCAGGCUGAUGAGAGACCUGGAGGUGAAGGAGAAAGACUUAAACAAGCUGAAGGUGAAAUCAGACGGCCUUCUGGGCAACAACCAUCCUGCCUCUGAUAAGAUUGACGCCUACAUGGACACCUUACAGACCCAGUGGAGCUGGCUUCUGCAGAUCACUAAAUGCAUCCAUGUUCAUUUGAAAGAGAAUUCUGCCUACAGCCAAUUUUUCAAGGAGGCCAAUGAGACCUAUAUGAAGCUACAGAAGCAGCACGAGACAAUUCGAAGCAAAUUCACUUGUGACAAGAACACGCCCCUGGACAAACUCACCGAACUCCUGAAAAACCUGGAGACAGAGAAAGCACGCAUCAUGGAGAAUAAGAGGCAGGUCCAAAGUCUGGUCAGCAAGUCCAAGUCUAUUGUCAGGCUGAAGCCUCGCAACCCCGAGGAAAAGAGCAGCGGCCCGAUCAUGGUCCAGGCCUUAUGUGACUUUAAACAAGACCAGAAAGGUAUUAUGAAAGGAAAUGAGGGCAUCCUGAAGGACAACUCGCAGCGCAGCAAGUGGCUUGUGACGGGGCCAGGAGGUCUCGACAUGAUGAUUCCCUCGGUGUGCCUGCUCAUCCCCCCGCCAAACCCCCUCAGCAUCGGAAUCGCCACCAAAAAUGAGCAGUAUUAUGAAGCCAUCAUGAGCAUCUGGAAUCAACUCUUCAUCAACAUCAAGAGUCUCAUUUCCUGGCAGUAUUGCCUGAAAGACAUCGAUUACAUCAACUCUCUCACCAUCACCAUGCUUUCAAAGAUGCGUCCUGAUGAGUACCGCAACGUCAUCAAAGGACUGGAGACUCAUUACCAGGAGUUCAUGCGUACCAGUCAAGGUUCUGAAAUGUUUGGGGAAGAGGAAAAGAAAUUAAUCCAGGGCAACUUUGACAAGGCCCAGGCCCACUAUGAUACACUGAUCGUCCAGCUGCCUGCGUACAGGGAGAAAGAGACAGAAUCCCAAAAAGUGGAAAAGGUCAAGGUGACCAAAGUCUCUGCCCCAAAACCCAACAACCAGACUCCACCACCGAGCUCCUCCUUAAGCCUGACACUGCUCACUAGUCUGCAGGAGCUUCGACGCAGGCUGGAGUCGGCUGAAUACGGUCUUACCAGUCAUCUCCACAUUCCUCUGGGGGAUAACAGUGUGUAUGAGUGCUCAGUGCAUAUUCAGAAGCUCCAGGCUAUGAACCAAGACCUGGACUCAAUUUACGAUGAGUACUUGCACCUCCGAGAGUUGAUUACAAAGCAGCUGGAAGGGAUUCCUGCAGACUCGGAGCAAGCCAAGUUCCUUCGCUCUGAAUUAGAUUUAAACAGUCAAAAACUUGCAGGCCUGCAGGACCUCCAUUCAAUCUACCUUCAGAGACUAUCAGCACUUAAGGCCUUGCUUCAGAGCCUUAUCCAGGUCGAGGAUAUCAUUAAAGUUCACGAGGCCCGACUGACCGAGAAGGAGACCAGCUCUCUGGAUCUUCGGGAGCUGGAAAACCAGCGGCUCACACUAAAGCAAAUGAAGAGUGAUUUGGAACAGAAGAGAGACCUGCUGACAUCUGUGGAGUCUGAGCUUUCUAAAGCAGUGCACUUGAAUGAUCAAAUUUCUGACUCCUUCUACAAAUGUGACGUAGAUUUAUCCAAGUACUCAGACUUGGUGGGUCAGUUGACUGACCGCUGGCGCCGCAUCCAAUCACAGAUAGAUAGCAGAGUGUGGGACCUGGAGAAGCAGGAGAAUCAGUUAAAGCAUUAUCAGCAGGGCAGCACUUCCCUGGAACAGUGGAUAGACAAUGCCAGGAAGCGCCAGGACACCCUUCAGACCGUUAAGAUCAGUGACAUCCAGACCCUAAUGGACCACCUCAAUCAGCAGAAGGCACUUCACAAUGAAAUCAAAGGAAAGAAGGAGCACGUAGAGGAUGUCCAGAAAAAUGCAAACACAUGUGCUGCCUCUAUAAAGGACUAUGAGCUGCAGCUGGCUUCCUACGGUUCAGGCCUGGAAACUCUUCUCAAUGUUCCCAUCAAGAGAACUAUGCUGCAGUCCCCUGCUUCUGCUGUCAGACAAGAGGCAGGUGACCUACAGACUCAUUAUAUAGAGCUACUUACCCGCUCUAGUGACUACUACAAGUUCUUAGGGGAGUUGCUGAAGAACAUGGAAGAGCUGAAGAUGAGGAACACCAAGAUUGAGAUGCUUGAGGAGGAACUGAGGCGUCUGAAGGAGGACCUCAAUGAUCGUAACCAGAAAAACAAGUCUCUGGAGGAUGCUAUGGCCCAGUAUAAGAUGGAGCUUAGUCAGUUACAAGAUCAAGUCAUUUGUACUGAGGAAGUGAAGAGAACCUCAGUAUUGCAGGUUAAUGCUGCCAAGGAGAGCCUGGGCAGCACACAGAGCAAGCUUCAUGAGCUUAAUGAUGAGCUGACGCGUAUUAAAUACCAACUUGAUGAAGAAAAACGGAAAAGGAGGCUGGCAGAGGAGCGCUACAACAGCCAACAAGAGGAGUAUGAAGGGGCUGUUCGCCGCAGACAGAAAGAACUGGAAGAACUCAGCUGGACUAGGAUUGACUUAGAAAAGGCAGUGAAAGACAAGGAACGUGAGCUUGAGAGGAUGAAGAUGCAGCUGGAGGAGGAGGCGGCACGUCGACGAAAUGCUGAAUCUGAAAUGUCAAAGGUAAGAACACAGUGCACCCAGGAGAUUAAUCAACUUAAGCAGACAUACGAGACAGAGAUCCACGUUACCAAGACCACAAUCCUGAAAGCCUCACAGCAGAAAGAAGAAGACGCAGCAGAGCUGAGGCUGCAACUUGAAAGACUCGCUGCUGAGAAGAGAGAUGUAGAGGAGGAGCUGAGGAGACUGAGGCAGGCGAUUGCUAUUACAGAGGAGCAGAAAAGCAGGGCAGAGCAGGAGGUCAACCAGCAGAGGGCCUCAGUGGCACAAGAGACUAGGGUGCGCAGUGAGCUGGAGGUGCAGCUGAUAACUCUCAAGCAGCAGAGAGAAGAGAAUGAGCUCAAAUUGAAGGAAGCCACCAGAAACAAUCAGGAAAAGUCCCGGCAAAUCAGCGUGCUAACAUUUAACCUGGAGGAAGAAGGGAAGAAGCGGAGAGCUCUGGAGUUGGAAAUAAAUCACCUGAAACAAGCUGAGGCAGAGCUGAAGGCAAAGAACACUUCCUAUCAGGAGACAAUUAACAAACUGAAAGUGUCUGAGCAGGAGAUCCGUAUCACUCGAGUGGAGCUGGAAAAGCAGGCCACUGAGAAAACUAAGGCUGAGCAGAAUUAUGCCAGGCUGCAGAGUCGUGUCAGGGAACUUCAAAGCUCUCUGGAUGGGAAGGAAGCUGAACUGGCAACGCAGAAGCAGGCAACUCAGGAGGAGUUUACUCGUAGAAAACGAAUGGAGGCUGAGUUGGAGAGGAUGACACAUACUUGCAGAGAGCAUACGACCACAAUUAGCUCGCUAAAAUCUAUUCAGAUAGAGGCUUCCACUACUGGGAGAAAGUAUGAGCAGGAUCUCAAGGCUCUUCAGGAGGCUCUGGAUAAGAGUCUGAGGGAUCACAAAGCCACCAAGGAGGAACUGGCAAGUGUAACAACUGAGCUGAAGACACAGAAACAGAAGCUCCAGCAGGAAUUGACCCGUGUUCAUGAACUAAACCUGCGUAAUGAAAGCCUUUAUAAGACCAUUGAGGAGAAGAGCCGCCAACUUAAUGAGUACACCACGGAGAUCGAGAAGCUGAAGACUCUGACACAGAACCUCACAAAGGAGAGACUGAAAUUGGAGGAGGAGCUGAGAACCGUUAGACAAGAGAGAGACGAGAUGAAGCUCAGCAAAGAUGCUAUUGAUGGAGAAAGUGCUACUCAGAUUUCAGCCUUGCAUGUCCAGCUCCAGAGUAGCAUCAAGAGGACGUCAGAGCUCCAGGGUCUCAUCAAUGACCUGACCAACGAGAGAGAAAAGCUUAAAUUGGAAAUAAACAAAUUCCAAAAGCAGUCAAUUGAGACAUCGCUUGUGGUGCAAGAAUCCCAAAGCAAAUACAGUGAUCUGCUGCUGGAGAAGGAUAGUUUGCUGUCCAGGAUUAAACUGUUGGAGCAGGACAAGAAUCGUCAGCUGCGGUUAGAAGAAGAGCUCAAUCGCAUCAAAGUCACACUAGAGUCCGAGCGUCGAAACAAACAGCAGCUGCAGGAGGAGAAAAAUUCAAUUUUCAAGGAGCUAAGCACUAUAAAGAGCCAGUAUGAGAUGAAAAGUUCUCAGAUUAGGCAGUGCGAGUCAGACAGAGAUAGGGCCGAUCGAGAGAGGCUUUCCCUCAAGAGCGAGAUCGAGAGGCUCACGAGGGAGCUAACGAGUAUUGAAGAAAGGUACAAGAGCCGUCUGUUGAGCUCAGAGAAAGAGGCAAAAGAGCUGGCUCUCAAGAAGGAGUCCCUGGAAAGAGAAAUACGCAGACUGCAGCAGAGGCCCAACACUCUGAAUAGGCAGACCCAGACAGAUGAGAAGGUCCAAACCAUUGAUCCUUCAAAGCUUCUGUUUGACGGGGUGCGCCGCAAAGUUACAGCCCAUCAGCUUUGCGACUGUGGUAUCAUUAGUAAAGCUACUCUAGAUGAGCUCCUAAAGGGAAGAAGGACAGUGAGCGAGGUAGCUGCAGACAUCCAGGUUAACCUUAAGGGCAGUGGCAUCAUUGCUGGUAUGACAUCUACUUCUCAACGGAAAAUCCCAUUCACUGAAGCCAAAAACAAGAAUAUGCUCAGCCCAGAGAGUGCCCUUAAGCUUCUGGAAGCUCAGGCAGCAACGGGCUACAUAGUGGAUCCUGCAUUUAAUGAGAAGAUGCCUGUGGAUACCGCCUGUUCAAGAGGGAUUGUAGACACAGAAGACAGAGAUGUCUUGUUGAAAGCUGAAGCUGCUAGCACAGGUUUCAAAGAUCCAUACUCUGGCAAAGUGUUAUCUGUGGGUCAGGCUUGCAGACAAGGCCACAUAGACAAAGAGACAACCAUCCGCUUGCUCCAGGCUCAAGAGUCUGUUGGGGGUAUACUGGAUCCUGUUUUGGGUGUCUUCCUACCAAAAGAUCUGGCCUUGGACCGCAAUCUUAUUGACGAGGACCUCUACAGGGCUCUGACUAAAAAACCAACCUGCUAUCUGGAUCCAACAACUGGACAGAAGACAACUUACAAUGACCUUCGGAUGAAGUGUACAGUGGAACCUGUUUCUGGCUUGCUUCUGAUCUCUGGUCCAGAAAAACCCUUGACAGUGAAAGGUCUCCGUGGUGAAGUCUCUGUCUCGGAACUCGUCAAAUCUGAACUUCUGGAUGAAACUGACUUGCAGAAGCUCAGUCAGGGCAAACUCACUAGCAGAGAUAUUGAAGACAAGCUAAAGACCUAUCUCCAUGGCUCUACCUGUAUUGCCGGGAUCUAUGAUGAAGCCAAUGACAGAAUACUACCUUUUUAUCAGGCAAUGAAGGAGGGUCUGCUUAUGAGAGGCACCACGUUGGAGCUUCUUGAGGCCCAGGCUGCUUCUGGCUUCAUAGUUGAUCCAGUCAACAAUGUUUUCUUGACAGUGGAAGACGCCAGCAAGAGAGGUCUGAUAGGGAAGGAGUUUAAGGGCAAGCUGUUGUCUGCAGAGAAGGCAGUAAUAGGAUACAGAGACCCAAACACAGGAAAAACUAUAUCCCUCUUCCAAGCUAUUGAGAAAGAUCUUAUUGAGAAGGGUCAUGGAAUCCGACUGCUCGAGGCUCAGAUUGCCAGUGGUGGGAUUAUUGACCCCAAAGAGAGCCAUCGUAUUGAUGUUGCUGUUGCCUAUAAAAGAGGAUACUUUGAUAAGGAGAUGAAUGAAAUCUUAUCUUAUGAAGGGGAUGACACAAAAGGAUUCUUUGAUCCUAAUACCAAGGAGAACCUGACCUAUCUUCAGCUGAAGGAAAGGUGCAUCAAAGAUGAAAAAACAGGUCUAAUACUGCUGCCACUAAGAGACAAGAGAAAGCCCCAGAAGACGCAGGAAAGCCGCACAAAUAUCCUACGCAAGAGGCGGGUUGUAAUCGUCGAUCCAGACACUGGGCUUGAAAUGUCAGUGAGGGAGGCCUACCACCGUGAGCUGAUUGACUACGAUACUUUCCUGGACUUGUCAGAGCAGGAGUGUGAGUGGGAGGAAAUAACUAUAACAGGGUCAGAUGGCUCUGCACGCUUGGUUAUAGUAGAUAGAAAAACUGGACUCCAACAUGAUAUUCAGGACUGCCUAGAGCGUGGUGUCAUUAACCAGAGCACUUUGGAUAAGUAUCGUGCUGGAACAAUGACCUUGACCCAAUUUGCUGACGAAAUUGCCAGCAGAAGCAGCAGCCUUGAAAUGACCAUUGCAGCCAGCAAUGUUGAUGACAUGAUCACCUGCAGCAGCCCCACCCACACAACACCAUCUUCUCCUACUGUCCGUAAACGCUUCAACAGUAUAUCUAUUACAGUCUCUCCCCCUGAGAUGUUUGAUGACCACAGCCCCGUGGGGGCUAUAUUUGACACAGAGACCUUGGAGAAAAUAACUGUUAGUGAAGCGCUUAGAAGAGGCAUAGUUGACACUCUUACAGCACAGAGGUUGCUGGAGGCCCAGGCAUGCACAGGUGGUAUCAUCAACCCUGCUACUGGUGAGAGACUGUCACUGCAAGAUGCUGUCCAUCAGAGCAUCAUUGAUGAAAGCAUGGCCAGUAAACUGAAACCUGCCCAGAAAGCUUAUGUUGGCUUUGAGGAUGUGAAGACUAAAAGAAGGAUGUCUGCGGCAGAGGCAGUCAAGGAGACAUGGCUGCCUUAUGAGGCUGGCCAGAGAUUUUUGGAGUUUCAGUACCUGACAGGGGGCCUGAUUGAACCUGGCACUGGACGUCGCGUCAGUAUUGAAGAGGCUAUCCGCAGAAAAUGGCUAGAUGGUCAGGGGGCCCAGAAGCUUCAAGACACUCGGAACCACCAGAAGAACCUGACCUGUCCCAAGACUAAACUGAAAAUAUCCUACAAAGAAGCCAUGGACAGCUGCAUGGUGGAGGAAAGCAAUGGCAUGAAGAUGCUGCAAGCCUCGUCUGUGUCUACCAAGGGAAUCAGCAGCCCUUACAAUGUCUCUAACCCAGGAUCUCGCUCUGGCUCAAGGGCUGGGUCUCGUACCGGCUCGAGGAGUGGAUCUCGUAGAGGCAGUGUGGAUUACACCUCUACUAUGACCUUUACAUCCACCAGCAGUACAGUUUAUAGUGCUAACACACACUUUUAAUUCAUUCCACAGAAUGAUAAUAAUUAAUCACAUAAGAGUAGCAUGUCCUUUGCAAUUUGCUUGUUUGCUUUUUUUUUUUAUAUAUAACCAUUUGCUUUUCAAAAAAAAAAGAAAAAAAGUAUUGUACUUAAAAGAUUGGGGCGGUGUUUUGUUUUUGUUUGGGGUUUUUUUUUUUUUUUUAGACUUUUUUUGUUUGCAGGUUGUAAUGAUUGAAAGUUUCAAUAUUAGAUGCUGAGUGCUAUUUUACACCUUUAUCAUAAUAGAUUUUUAGUAGAUAUAACCUUAUUUCAGUUAGUUUUACUACAUGAUGACUUUUUAUAACAAUAUAUAAUAAAUGCCUGUUGAUUUUGUCUUUAACAUGACCUCUGAAUAGAUGUCACUUUUGUUGUGUUGUGUGGUCAUGACAGGUUAAUUCAUGCAUUAUUGAGAGAACAUUUUUGUUUUUGUUAAUUGCAAAUCCUGAGGCUUAGCUUACAAUAUAUGUUAUACAUUGCAAUACAACAUAUUUUACAUUGUAACUGUAGAAAAUUGUUGCUACUAAAAUGCUGUUGCCCGCUAUCAAAAUAAAGUUGUCACAGAAUUUUA